AUGGAGUCUCUCGAAAGAUCGGUCUCUCUUAAAUAAGGUUCUACUAUCGAUUAAUUAGAACUCAAAAAACAAAUGGAUUAUGCUUACAAUAAGACUUUACAAUACUUAUAACAUUAGGAAUUAGUUGAGGGGUCCAUUCCAUAAUCUCUAGGGGAAUGCCAGGAUGUUGCAGAAUUAGAAGGAGGCCUUAAUAAAGAAUUGUCAAGAUAUAAUAAACAUAAGAUAUAGAAAAUAAGAGAAGCUCAAAUUAAAUUAGAAGAAGACAAAAAGAGAGUUGAGUUACUAGAGAAAAUUCAGGAAAGAGAUUAAAGAAUAGUUCAAAUCAUGAUAAAAAAAUAAUAAGAAAUGAAAGAGAAAUAUUGUACAUCUAAGAAAGUUGAAAAUAGAAGAAUUGACACUCAGGAAAUGGAAAGCAAAUCUUAACCUAGAGACAAUGAAGCACAAAAAAAUCUAUAGUAAUAAUAAUCGUAAAAAGUUAAUCAAAUAUUAAGCACUUAUGAAAUCAGAAGUAAAAUGAUAUUUAAAGGGGAGGAUAAAAAAGAAAAGAAAAAAAGAGAACAAGCUUUAUAGAGAAAGGAAGAAUUUGAAAAAUAAAUUGAUAUGGAAUGUCAAAUUCAAAUGGCUAAGAUAUAAUAAAAAUUAGAGAACAGUGGAAAAUUAUAAAAGGAAUUAAUUUAAAACAAAAUAGAAAAAAUAAAAGAGUAAAAUCAUAAGGAGCAACAAAUCAUGAAAUAGCAAAAGUAACUUAAAGACAAGAUAUCACAAGAUCAAAUCAAUCAGCUUUUAGAAAAAAUGGUGCAAAAAGAAAAAGAUUUUUAGAUUAACUAAAAAUCAAUUUAGAAUGUAGAAUAAGAAAAAAAAUUAGAAAUUAAAUCAAAAUAAAGAAAGAUUAAAUCUAAUUAAGGAGACAUUUUUAAAGACAGAGAUGAAAAAUUAAAAUAAUUAAAUGAAAAAUUUUUGAAGGUCGAGUAAUUUAAUAGAAUGAAAAAAGAAGAAUAAGAUAAUAAAAUCUUAUUAAAAUAAGAAUUAAGAAAACUUAAAGAAUAGGAUAAACAGGACAUUUUAGAGAGGCAAAAGAGAUAAAACGAAUACAGAAUGUUAGAAAUCACAGAAAAAUACAGAUAAGUUGAUGAAAAAAACUAAUUAAAGCAAUAUUAAAAUACUCUCUUAUAAUAGACAUCUAUGCACAUCAGUAAAUAAGAAAUAUUAGAAAGAAAUAGAAUAUACUCUCAUUUAUAGUAAAUGAGUGAUAAUCUCUUCAAUAAAAAAGUUAGAAAAAGAAAUUUAAGCCAAUUAGAAAAAAAUAUUCUCACAAUUAAACCUAAAGUUAAUAAUCAAAAAGAGGAUACAGAGUUUGAAGAUCAUACAAGAUUAUUAAUAACAAUGCUUUAAACAUCAGAUCCAGAAGAAACAUUAAAAAAUAAACUAAGUAGAAGACAUAAUUGA